AUGAGCAAAGAGCCCGAAGAAAUGCCGGAAAUGGUGGGAAAAACGGAAAAAGAGGUGGAGAAGGAGAAUAAAGAAGACGUCAAGGAGCCUGAAGUUGUCGAACAAAAAGCUGCGGAAGCUGAAAAAGGAGAAGAACCAAGAUAUUUCAAGACAAAAGUGAUUCGUUUCGGACCGAUUGACUAUCGAAUUGUCACUCAAAAUCUCAAUGGACCGUGUCCCCUUAUUGCUAUCAUCAAUACACUCGUUUUGAAAGGAAAAGUGACAAUUCCAGCCGUUUACGUCGUCACAUCGACCGAAUUGCUCAAUUUGUUAUCAAAUGUGAUUUUAUCGGCGGAACCGUCGAAUCAGAAGACAAAAGAAAUUUAUGAGGCGAAUUUGAGAGAUGUGAUGAAUUUGAUGCCAACUUUAGUGAAUGGACUCGAUGUUAAUGUGAAAUUUAGCGCUGUCAACCAAUUCGAAUUCACCCCAGCACUAUCUCUAUUCGAUUUGGUCCAUAUCAAUCUGUAUCAUGUCUGGCUCCCAGAUCCCCAAUUUCCUGUCAUUUUUGAUUUGAUUAAAUCACUGAAUUACAAUGAAUUGGUGGAAAAAAUCUGUGCUGAAAGUGAUACGACUGAAAGGGAAAUGUACAAAAGUUGGUAUGAGGAUACGCAGAGUCAAAUCACAUUCAUUGGAGUACAAUCUUUGUUUACCGAGAUGAAGGACGCCGAGUUGGCCGUCUUGUUCCAGAAUAACCAUUUUUCGACCAUUUUGAGGCGAAGGGAUGAGAUCUUCAAAUUGGUAUCCGAUGAGGGGAUUGCCGACGAGACGAGUAUCGUGUGGGAGACAUUCAACAGUGUCGAUGGGGAUUCCAUCUUUGUCAAUUGUGAUUUUGGCAAUUUUAAACCCCGCCCACUUCCCACUUCGACGUCAUCUGGAACUACAGUAACCCAUUCAUCGAUCGAACAUCAAAUCGAUGAAAUCGAGGAAGGCAUUGAAAUGAUCGAACGACCCGCGUCGGCUCCAAUCGAAGCUCCGCCCACUUCUCCUGCUCAGACCACGCCCUCUUUUGGAGCAUCUGGAGCAUCUGGAGGAGCUCAAACUGCUCGCGGAGCAUCAUCUGGAAUUGCUCAGAGAACAAAUGCUGGGACACCGACGAGAAGAACUCAGAAAGAUGAGGGAAAAGGGUGUCAGCUGAUGUGA